AUGUUGGGGAAGCAGGCAUGGCGCUUUCUCACAAAGCCAGAGUCUCUAGCUGCAAAAUUAUAUAAGGCAAGGUAUUAUCCUAAAACUGAUUUUAUAGAUGCCACUGUGGGAAAUAACCCAAGUUAUUGUUGGAGGAGUAUUAUGGCUGCCCAUGGACUUGUUUGUGGAGGUAUAAGGAGGAGGAUUGGUAAUGGAGAGUCAACAUUGAUAGGGAAGGACCCUUGGCUUUUGGAUUUGGAUUACAAAAUCCAUACUGUUUUACCACAUAAUAUUUAUGAAGCAGGGGUGUCAUGUUUGAUUGAUCAGGAUACUCGUACUUGGGACCUGGAUAUUUUGAAUGAUAUUUUUGACCCGAUCGAUGUGAACCGAAUCCGCAGGGUGCUUGUUUGUCUGGGCUAUGAGGAUUCAUGGUAUUGGUAUAAGGAGCAUAAUGGGUCAUAUUCUGUCAAAAGUGCGUAUCGUUCUGUUGUGGGGGAGAUACAAAAUAAUACUGGAUUUAAUAGAUGGAAUGCAUUGUGGAAGUUGAAUGUGCCGCCUCGAUGGAAAACUUUUUUGUGGAGAGCCAUAAGUGGAAUUUUGCCAACUACAUCUGCCUUGGCAAGUAGAAGAGUGGAUGUGUCUUUAGCCUGCCCAAUGUGUCUUGAUUUUAACGAAGAUAUUAUGCAUUGCUUGAUUGAAUGCCAAUAUGCUUGUCGUGUUUGGAAUGUUUCUGGUCUUGAUAUAGUUUCUGUGGUUGGGGGAUCUUUUGUGGAGUGGUUUCAGAAUGCAAUGUCUGUGCUAACGUUGGAUAAUCUAAUUAAAUUUGUUGCAGUCUUAUAUCAUCUAUGGAGUGUGCGGAACUCUGCGGUUUGGGAGGGGUGUAUGAAGCCGCCGAAAAGCACGUGGAAUUAUGCCAAAGCAAGCCUUGCGGCCUGGGCAGUAGCACUGCCGCGGGAACCAGAGACAGCACAGCAGCAACAUUCCAACGCCAUGCAGCAACAUUCCAACGCCAUGCAGCAGCUUCCCAGUAUGGUGCACGGUCCAGUGUGCUACGUCGAUGCGGCAUGGAGCUCCCUAUCACAGACGACAUCUUAUGGGGCGGUAUUAAUGGAUGGGACCGGAAUUUUUGUGGCGGCAACAAGGGGACAACUUCUGUUUUGUGAAAAUGCUAUCACAACGGAGGCUCUAGCAUGUAAAGUGGCGUUAUCGUGGGUGAGGGAACAUAAUGUGAUGGAGGCUACUAUGUUCACGGAUUGUUCGGUCUUGCAAUCCUAUCUUUCUAGAGUUGGCUCACUACCUAGAUCAUAUCUUGGAAUUGUGGUACAUGAGUGUCAAGUGGUUAUGGCACAAUUUAUUUCAUGUCAAAUUAGAUUUAUUCCUAGACGUUUAAAUACUAUCGCUCAUACUUUAGCUACAAUGGUCACUGAUCAGGAUACCACUAUGUUUUGGGACGAGAUUCCUCCUGAUGUUAUUAUUCCACAUUUACAGUAA